AGUGAAAACCCACCCUUACUCACAGAAUUAUCACGACGUAAAAAGUCCGAAGGCCAUGUCAGGGAAAAAAAUUCCCACAAUCCUUCGGAGAAAAGCUGAAUGCCGGCUGUGACUACGCGUGCGUCCACCCCCAAACAUCCACUGCCCCUCGAUGUAAUGAAACUCCUACGCAACUCUACGUCUCCAGUAUGAGAAUACAGACAGAGGAAGGACAGUGGGUUAUUCGCAUACGUUGAGGUAGAAGUAUUACGCUUGCGUGAUAGCAGGUUGUGUCAUCCCGGGGGCGCAGCACCUUAAGUAAGGAUAAUGUAAUGCCGAAUUGUCGAGAGUAUCAUCCAUUUGUGAGGUUGGAAGAGAGAUGGACUCUCACAGCGCGGGAGCGGUUGUUGUCCUCGGGACAGUCGGUGCUGCGACUGGUGCAAUAUCGGCGGUUUUGUUCUACGCGAUGUGUAUGAAACGAAAGAGGUUCGCGUAUUUUUCGAGUGGAAAGGGCCCUCUCAACUGGUUUGAAAAGGAUUUAUUAGACCGAGCGAAAGAAGCAGAAAAGUCCCCCAGUGAAAAUUUCAUUGAACUCGGAAAUAUCGCGUCACUGACGUGUAAUCCAACAGUACGAGGGGAACUGAGUGACAACAUUUGCGAUGACGCCGAGUGGCAACGGAAGGAUCCACCCUAUGACACGAGCAUCCUGAACUCCCGCGAAGUUAUUCAACGGUUAUCAUCCGAAGGAGAUGACGAGCCGAAAACUCCAGUGAGUCCAUUCCCUCCUCCACUUCCGGGAGGUGCAGUUGUUGCUUCUGAUGAGCGAAUGGUCAUUGUUAAAUCACAACCAAGGACAUCGUCUGGAUCAAGGCUUAAUAGUACUGAUAGUGACUCCGUUUUUCACAAGCAAUCACCUUGGUCGUCCUCUUCAUCAAUAGACGAGCCAGCGGGUGAGUUGCAAUUAAGUCUCUCUCACGAUUCCAUCAAUGGGGUACUUACGGUGAAACUUCUCGAGGCGCACGAUUUGAGGGCCAGGGAAUUAAGUGGGAGUGCUGAUCCGUACGCGAAGAUAAGACUUCUGCCUGAUAGGAAUAAUACUUGGCAGACUAAGGUCCAUAAGCGCACGUUGAAUCCAGUUUUCAAUGAAGAGUUUAAGUUCGAAGUAACUUCUCUAACGGGAACAACGCUGGAAGUGCUGUUGUACGAUUUCGAUGCUACGGCCAAACACAGAGGACUGGGGUACAUGCGAUUGCCAUUGCCCCCGAAUGGAGAAGAGACUCUGACCGAAUCCCCGAUGAAUUUGAUGAGGCCUAUCCAUAGAUAUGGAGCCGAGGGAAGUGUCUACCGAUCUGAUCCACUGGGGGAACUCAUGGUAUCCUUAUGUAAUGACGCCAGUGCUGCUAAGCUGACAGUGAUCGUCAUCAGGGCUAUAAAUUUGGUGAUUGUUGAUGACUCAGGAACGCAGAAUUCGGAUACUUAUGUGAAGGUCGCAAUUUUCAAAGAUGGCAAAAGUUUCAAAAAGAAGAAAACAGUAAUCUGUCGAGACCCACAGAAUCCUGUAUGGAACGACGUACUUACAUUCGAUCUUGGUGGUGACACCUUAUCCACCUGUACUUUAGAAUUCUCAGUCGUAAAAACGAGUGGUGAGAUACUGGCGAAAUGCGAGGUCUCCAAAAAGUGCCAGCGCGAGCUUUUCCAUCGAGCUCUGGCUGGCAAAGGCGCCUCCGUACAGUGGGUGCCACUGAUGGGAGUCGACAAACGAGAGAGGUCAUUAUCAUAGUCACUAAGUAACGACAUUCUCAUCAUCAGGAAAGUUACGAUAAUGAACGAGAGACAGAACAGAACAGAGCAACGACCAAUGAAGAGUGAAUAUUUCUCCUUGUGUACCACUCGGACACACUUCGAGACCUACCGCUUCUCCUUAUUAUUUUUCAUGGUGUAAUUAAUCAUUGUUACAUCGCUAUUUUUUGGAUAAAUCAGAAGUUUUUGGAGAGCGAAAUGUCGUGAGUAUAUUUUUGUGGUUUAGAUUAUAUUCAGAAUAAUGAUCUAAGUAAUUGACUAAUUACGUAGUACAGAGGCAAUUUAGGAGGAAAGAGGUAGAAUGAAGUUGAAUAUUCAAGUUUUAUUAAUAAAAGUUCUAUUAAUAUUUUUUUAAAAAUUUGUUAAAAUUCCUAGAGAGCAAAUAAUAGACAUUUUGACUUUUUCAUUGAAUAAAAAAAAUCAAUUGUUUGAAUCCAAAUAAUUUUCAUUUUCUAAACGAAAUUAAACAAUUGAAAUAAACGUAUUUGAGGUUUCAUUUAACAAAGGAAGAGUCUACAUACAAAUUAUUUAUUUUUCAAUUGAUUAAAUAGAAGAUUAGAAUUCCCACUUAAGAGAAUAAAAAGAAAUAAAAGAUGAAUUCUCCGGAAAUGCCUUUUAAAAAUGACAAAAGGACAACGUGAAAUGAACGUGGGAAUUCAAUUUUUGCUAAUUUUCCAAUUCCUCAAAACGUAUUCUUCAAUUCUCCCCAAAAUUACUGGAGAUAAAAUAAUAAACAUAUUGACUUUUUCAUCGUAAUAUCCAUCAGAAUGAAAAUGGAAUACAAAAAAAAUAUUGUUUCAAUCCAAAUAAUUUUCAAUCCAAAUUCUCCUCUUACCAACUAAAUCAAGCAAUUUAAAUAAAAAUAUUCAUGGUUUCAGUCAACAAAAGAAGAACAUAUUUUAAAUGAUUCUCAAUUAAAGAAAUUAGAGAAAAUGGUGAGAAUAAAAUAAUAAAAGUAAUUUCGGUUCUUAAAUUUUUUUUAAUUUUAGCGUCUUUUCAUGGUACAAAAUCUGCACAAUAGAAAAUACAGGUACACUCCAGGGUACUCCCUUAGUCGAAGAGACCUGUGAACACAAAAAAAAAUUGAUACCUAAGUUAUCGCAUAAUUCAAUUGAACAUCGAAAGUAAAGUUUCUAUCAUUAUCAUUCCUUUAUAUCUGUCCUCAUGAGGUUCUUCGGUAGCUAAUACAUGCUUGAAUAAUCGUCCAAAUCCAAUGGCAAAAAUGAAUAAUAAAAGAGAGAAAAUAAACGAGAAA